AUGGGUGUGGGAGGGAAUUUCUGGGAUUUGCUGAGACCUUAUGCUCGACAACAAGGCUGUGAUUAUCUGAGAGACAAACGGGUCGCUGUUGAUCUUUCCUUCUGGAUCGUUCAGCAUGAGACUGCCGUCAAAGGUCUUGUCCUUAAACCUCACCUCAGACUCACUUUCUUCCGAACCAUCAACCUCUUCUCCAAGUUUGGAGCGUACCCAGUUUUUGUGGUUGAUGGAACACCAUCACCCUUGAAAUCUCAGGCGAGAAUCUCCCGUUUUUUCCGAUCUUCUGGAAUUGAUACGUCGAGCCUACCUGCGAUCAAAGAGGGCGUCUCGGUUGAGAGAAAUAAGCAGUUUUGUGAAUGGGUUAGGGAAUGUGUGGAGCUUCUCGAAUUGCUUGGUAUUCCGGUUGUGAAAGCACGAGGUGAGGCUGAAGCUCUCUGUGCACAAUUGAAUAGAGAAGGUUAUGUGGAUGCUUGCAUUACUCCUGAUAGCGAUGCUUUCCUCUAUGGCGCUAAGUGCGUUAUCAAAGGCAUCAAGCCUAAUUCAAGAGAGCCAUUUGAGUGCUACCAUAUGUCAGAUAUCGAAGCUGGCCUCGGUCUGAAGCGGAAACACCUGAUAGCCAUGUCUCUAUUGGUUGGCAACGACUAUGAUUCAGGUGGUGUUCUUGGGAUUGGUGUGGAGAAAGCACUCCGCAUUGUCCGUGUCUUCUCUGAAGACGAGAUACUCGAUAGACUGCAGGACAUGGGCAAAGGGCUGAAACCUGCAGUUAGUGGUGGAGUCAAAUCAGUGGAUGAUGGUGAAGAAUCACACUCCGAGAUGAAAAAAAGAUUUCCUCACUGUUCUCGCUGUGGACACCCGGGCAACAAAAGAAAUCAUUUUAAGUCCUCUUGUGAGCAUUGCAGCUGUGAUAGUGGUUGCACUAAGAAAGCAUUAGAGUUUAGAUGUGAAUGCUCCUUUUGUAUCAAGGAUCGAGAUUUGAAAGAACAGAAGAAGACUGAGAAUUGGUGGAUCAAAGUCUGUGAUAAAAUUGCUCUAUGGCCAGAAUUUCCCAACAGAAAGAUUAUCGAACUGUAUCUAUCCGAUACUUUCACAGAAGAUGGCUCUUCAAUGUCUUGGGGAACGCCUGUUACAGAAAUGCUGGUGGAUUUCAUGGUUUUCAAACUGCAUUGGGACCCGUCUUAUGUUAGAAAGAUGUUGCUUCCGAUGAUGUCGACCAUUUAUCUAAGAGAAAGGGCAAGGCACAACACGGGAGAGCCAUUGUUGUUAUACGACCAAUACGAAUUUCACUCAGUCAAGUGCAUAAAAACUAGAUAUGGGCAUGAGUCCUUCGUGAUACGGUGGAGAAAACCCAUAUCCACAAGUGGUUUUACUCGGGGAGAAGCAGAGCAGUCGAUUGAUAUAUGGGAAGAAGAAGAACGGGUCGAAGACGAGGAGUGUGUUGAUCCGUUAGAUGGGUUAAAUGAACCACAAGUGGAAGAUGAUAACGGUGACUGCUUCUUGCUAACUGAUGAAUGCAUAGGACUUGUUCAGUCUGCAUUCCCUGACGAGACAGAGAAAUUUAUGCAGGAGAAGAAACUGCGAGAGUCGAAGAAGAAGAAUGCUUCCGAAGAGGCAGCAACAACACCAAUGGGUGUACAAAGAAGUAUUAAGGAUUUCUAUCGUUCAACGAAAGCAGCAGCUACUCAAAGUAAAGACGGAGGAGAGAGCUCAAGUGCAACUUCUUCUUCUCCUGCUGAAAAGAAGAGACAAGCAACUAGUAGUGGUAGUAGUAGCAGCCUUUCAAAUGUUGUCGAUAUGAUGAGUGUGGUAGUAACAUCAUCACCCAUCAACAAUUGGAGAUGUCUCUCGCCGACUCCACCUUUACCGUCAUGCCUAAACGGAGACAAUUCUCAGUCACGGCGGCGGAGUUGGAAGGUGUCGUGCGCCAAGAGCACAGAUGAUUACCACGCAACCCUCAAAUCCCUGAAUUCUCGGGGCCGUUUUCCCAGAAAAUCCCUUGGCCAGCAUUACAUGCUGAAUUCGGAUAUAAACGAGCAGCUAGCAUCUGCGGCUAAUGUGAAGGAAGGGGACUUUGUGGUAGAGAUUGGUCCUGGGACUGGCUCUUUAACCAAUCUUCUUCUCAGUUUAGGUGCUACUGUUCUUGCCAUCGAAAAGGAUCCUCAUAUGGUGGCUUUGGUUCAAGAAAGAUUUGCAGAUUCUGACAACUUCAAGGUUUUGCAAGAGGAUUUUCUCAAGUGUCACAUCCGUUCUCACAUGCUCUCCGCUCUAGAGACCCCAAGCUUAUCAAAUCCAGAACUUGCUCUUGCAAAGGUAGUCUCCAACUUACCUUUCAAUAUAAGUACAGAUGUUGUCAAGCUUCUACUUCCUAUGGGUGACAUCUUCUCACAAGUUGUUCUCUUACUCCAGGAUGAGGCAGCUUUGCGAUUGGUUGAGCCAGCUUUGCGAACAUCUGAAUACCGUCCCAUCAACCUUUUGGUCAACUUCUAUUCAGAACCGGAAUACAAUUUCAGAGUUCCAAGGGAAAAUUUCUUCCCGCAGCCCAAGGUUGACGCUGCUGUUGUAACGUUCAGGCUGAAGCAUCCGAGGGACUAUCCUGAUGUUUCCUCCACCAAAAGUUUCUUCUCUUUGGUGCAUUCUGCAUUCAAUGGGAAGAGAAAAAUGUUGAGAAAGUCUCUGCAGCACAUAUCGCCGCCUUCUGAGAUCGAAAAAGCUCUUGGAGUUGCUGGUCUUCCAGUCACUUCAAGGCCUGAAGAGCUUACCUUGGAUGACUUUGUCAAGUUACAUAACGUAAUCGCCAGAGAAUAG